AUGGUCCUCCCAACCUCCAUCCUCCUCCCCCUCUACCUCUAUCCCACGCCAGGAGCCUGGAACUGGGUCACCGAAGCCCUAAAAUCCUACCCCACCCUCCCCUUUACCAUAAUCAUCAAUCCGAGUUCCGGUCCUGGAGCCCUACAUCAAUAUCCCGAAACCGACUAUAUCUCCGGCAUCACAAAUUUAACACAAUAUGAUAAUGUCAAGUUAUUGGGAUAUGUGGAUACGAAAUAUAUGGCUAAGAGUACGGAGGAUGUAGAGUUGGAGGUUGAGACGUAUAAAUACUGGUCCACAAACCCAACCCACAACAUCUCCCUCGACGGAAUCUUCUUCGACGACGCCAUCAGCACCUGGACACCCCAAUCCUCCACCUACAUGACCAUCAUCGCCACAACCGCGCACGCACACAACCUUACCGUAACAUUCAACCCGGGUACUCCAGUCUCUGCAGAAUUCUUCACCAUAGCAGAUACCAUCAUCAUGAUAGAAACAUCUUAUUCAGCGUAUUCAUCUGAUAGUAAUAGAAAAGGAGGAGAAGGGGAUUCGUUGGAGAAAGUUGUGGAGAUGGAGCAGGAAGAGAAGAGUUCAGUUAUUUUGUAUGGGUUUGAUGGGUCGGUGGAGAGGCAGGAGGAGGUUGUGGGGCAGAUUGUGGGGAAGGGGGUUAGGGAGGUUUUUGUUACGACGGGGGGGUAUGAGGGGGUAGGUGGGUUGUGGAUGGAGUUUGUGGGGGCGGUUAGUAGGGCUGUGGAUGGAGUUUGUGGGGGUGAUUAG